ACCGGAGCUGUCGGAAGAAAAAGCAGAUUUCAGAAAAUGACAGAGGAGACAGAUUUCACUGAACAAGACUCUGAUGGAGGUAGUGAGGAAGUGGUACUAACUCCUGCAGAACUCAUUGAAAAAUUGGAGCAGGCCUGGCUAAAUGAAAAAUUUUCCCCUGAGCUACUGGAGAAUAAGUGUGAAAUUGUAGAAUGUGUCAUAGAGCAGCUGGACCAUAUGGAAAAGAAUCUCAGUAGAGCAAAGAAGGGUGAUUUGAAGGUUAGCAUCCACCAUAUGGAGGUAGAAAGAAUCCGCUACGUCCUCAGCAGUUACUUGCGAUGCCGACUGAUGAAGAUAGAGAAGUUUUUCCCUCAUGUCCUUGAAAAGGAAAAGACACGUUCUAAUGAAGAACCUUCCAUUCUCUCUCCAGAAGAGUUUGCCUUUGCCAAAGAAUACAUGGCUAACAUAGAAACUUACCUGAAAACUGUGGCCUUAAGGCACAUGCCUCCUAACCUGCAAAAGGUAGAUCUUCUAAGGUCAGUUCCCAAACCUGAUUUAGAUUCAUAUGUAUUUCUGAGGGUGAAGGAAAGACAAGAAAACAUUUUGGUAGAGCCAGAGACAGAUGAACAAAGAGAAUAUGUGAUUGACUUGGAAGAAGGUUCUCAGCACUUGAUCAGAUACAAAACCAUUGCACCUCUAGUGGCAUCUGGAGCUGUACAGCUGAUUUAA